AUGAUUACAAAGCUAGACAGUGUGCUUUUGCCCCGAAAAAAGUUCAUCUACCAUUACAAGAACAUGCGCUGGGCAAGGGGCCGACACGAGACUUACCUUUGCUUUGUAGUGAAGAGGCGAGUGGGGCCAGACUCCUUAUCCUUUGACUUUGGACACCUCCGCAACCGCAGUGGCUGCCAUGUAGAGCUGUUGUUCCUGCGCUACCUGGGGGCCUUGUGCCCUGGUUUGUGGGGUUACGGAGGCACUGGAGAGAAGAGGCUCAGUUACUCCAUCACCUGGUUCUGCUCCUGGUCUCCCUGCAUAAACUGCUCCAUCAGUUUGACCCAGUUCCUCAGCCGGACGCCCAACCUUCGCCUCAGGAUCUUCGUCUCUCGCCUUUACUUCUGUGACAUGGAGAACAGCCGGGAAAGAGACGGCCUGAGAAUGCUGAAAGAAGCUGGCGUGCAGAUCACAGUCAUGAGUUACAAAGACUUCUUCUAUUGCUGGCAGACCUUUGUGGAUCGCAAGCAAAGCAACUUCAAGGCCUGGGAUGAGCUGCACCGAAACUCUGUUCGCCUUGCCAGAAAACUCAACCGCAUCCUCCAGCCUUCUGAAACAGAAGAUUUAAGGGAUGCCUUCCUGCUUCUCGGACUGUGA